GGGAGCUGUAGUCCUCCGUGAGGUUGAAGAUGGCGGAACGAGCCGGGUCGGGUGUUUAACGCGCGGCGCCGCGGGGGCUGCCGGGAGUUGUAGUCCCCGUGAGGGGAGGGCGGGGACUCGGCUUCCCAGCGUGCCCCGCGCGGAGCCCGCGCUCCUGCCCUGCCCGCGCGCUCCUCGCGCUCCCGGGGUCUCCCGAGCGGCCGCUCCGGUACCGGCACCGCGCACCGGGGACCGGGGGCGGGGGGGGGGACGGCGGCCGAGGCGGCUCCGACCAUGUCGGGCGAGGAGGAGGCGGCCGAGCUGACGAUCGCCGAGGACCUGGUGGUGACCAAGUACAAGAUGGGGGGGGACAUCGCCAACCGGGUCCUGCGGGCGGUGCUGGAAGCGGCCAACUCGGGAGCGUCGGUUCUGUGCCUGUGCGAGAAGGGAGAUUCCAUGAUCAUGGAGGAGACCGGCAAGAUCUUCAAGAAGGAAAAGGAAAUGAAAAAAGGUAUUGCCUUCCCAACGAGUAUAUCAGUCAAUAACUGCGUCUGUCACUUCUCCCCCCUGAAGAGUGACCAAGAUUACAUCCUCAAAGACGGAGACUUGGUCAAAAUUGACCUGGGAGUCCACGUCGAUGGCUUCAUAGCGAAUGUAGCACACAGUUUUGUCAUAGAUGCCUCAAAGGAAAACCCCGUGUCGGGCCGGAAAGCUGAUGUCAUCAAAGCAGCUCAUCUCUGCGCCGAGGCCGCGCUGCGCCUGGUGAAGCCCGGCAACCAGAACACACAAGUGACAGAGGCCUGGAACAAAAUAGCCCACUCGUUCCACUGCACCCCCAUUGAAGGGAUGCUGUCCCACCAGCUGAAGCAGCACGUGAUCGACGGGGAGAAAACCAUCAUCCAGAACCCGACAGACCAGCAGAAGAAGGACCAUGAAAAAGCCGAGUUUGAGGUCCACGAAGUUUACGCUGUCGAUGUCCUCGUCAGCAGCGGAGAGGGCAAGGCCAAGGACGCCGGGCAGAGAACCACCAUCUACAAAAGGGACCCCUCCAAACAGUACGGCUUGAAGAUGAAAACCUCCCGUGCCUUUUUCAGCGAGGUGGAGAGGCGCUUCGACACCAUGCCCUUCACUCUCAGGGCGUUCGAGGAUGAGAAGAAGGCCAGGAUGGGGGUGGUGGAAUGCGCCAAGCACGAGCUGCUGCAGCCUUUCAACGUGCUCUAUGAGAAGGAAGGGGAGUUUGUGGCCCAGUUCAAGUUCACGGUGCUGUUAAUGCCCAACGGCCCCAUGCGGAUAACCAGCGGCCCCUUCGAGCCCGAGCUCUACAGGUCCGACUUCGAGGUGCAGGAUGGGGAGCUGAAGGCCCUUCUACAAAGCUCUGCAAGCAGGAAGACCCAGAAGAAGAAGAAGAAGAAGGUAACCGCGCUCCGUGCCCCCCCGCAGGGGGUGCUGCGGGUUCACCUCCGCGCCGCGCGGGGGCUGCGCUCCAAGGACCGCUUCCUGGGGGGGCUGCUGGAGGGCAGGUCCGAUCCGUACGCGGUGCUGCGCCUCGGCACGCAGCUCGCCACCAGCAGGGUGCUGCGCAGCGACCUGCACCCCGCCUGGGACGAGCUGCACGAGUUUGUGGUGCACGAGGUGCCGGGGCAGGAGAUGGAGGUGGAGCUGUUUGACAAGGACCCCGACCAGGACGACUUCUUGGGCAGGCUGAAGCUGGACCUGGAGGACGUGAUGAAGCGCCGGGUGCUGGAGGAGUGGUUCCCGCUGCAGGAGGGGGGUGAGGGCCGGCUCCAUCUGCGCCUGGAGUGGCUCAGCCUCCUCUCGGAUGCUUCCAAACUGGAUGAGGUAUUGGAGAAGAACCGGAUGAUCGUGGCCAAACCUGACCCCCCCUCAGCCGCCAUCCUCGUUGUGUACCUGGACCGGGCUGAGGAGCUGCCUGUAAAGAAGCCGGGCAAAGAGCCCAACCCCAUGGUGCAGGUCUCGGUGCAGGAUGUGACCCGGGAGAGCAAGGUGGUUUAUGGCACCUCAGCGCCCGUGUGGGAGGACGCUUUCCGCUUCUUCCUGCACGACCCCAGGAACCAGGACGUGGACAUCCAGGUGAAGGACGACCCCCGGCAGACGCCGCUGGGCUCCGUGUCGCUGCCGCUGUCGCUGCUGCUGGAGGCGCCGGAGCUCACCCUGGGCCGGCCCUUCCCGCUGCAGCGCUCGGGGCCCCGCAGCCGCCUGCACAUGAAGCUGGUGCUGCGGGUUCUCUUCCUCGAUGCCCCCGAGAGCGCUGCCCCCCCCCCCCCCGCCGGAGCCAUCGGGCAGCGCCGCCCCCCCCCCGGUCCCCCCACGCCAGCCCCAACCCCGAGUUCGCGCGUGCUGCGGAUCCACCUGCUGGAGGCGGAGGAGCUGGUGGCCAAGGACACGUUCCUGCGGGGGGCGCUGCGGGGCCGCUCCGACCCCUACGCGCGGGUGCGGGUGGCGGGGGGGGGCUUCCGCAGCCGCGUCAUCCGCGAGGAGCUCAACCCGCGCUGGAACGAGGUCUACGAGGCCAUCGUGACGAACGUGCCGGGGCAGGACGUGGAGUUCGAGCUCUUUGACAAGGACAUCGAUAAGGACGACUUCCUGGGCCGGUGCAAGGUGCCGCUGCGGCGGGUGCUGAGCAGCCGCGUCGUGGAUGAGUGGCUGCCCCUGGAGGGGGUGAAGUCGGGGCGGCUGCACGUGCGGCUCGAGAGCCUGAGCCCCAGCGCCAGCCCCGCGCUGCUCCAGCAGGUCCUGCACACCAACAGCCUCCUGCAGCCCCCCCGCGGCGAGGAGCUCUCGGCCGCGCUGCUCUCCGUGUUCAUGGACCGAGCCGCCGACCUCCCGCUCCGGAAGGGCUCCAAGCCCCCCUCCGCCUUCGCCAGCCUCUCCGUGCGCGACGUCUCCGUUAAGACCAAGCCCAGCGCCCCGACCACAGCACCCGUGUGGGAUGAAGGCUUCUCCUUCCUCAUCAAGCGGCCCCACGUGGAGUCAUUGGAGCUGCAGGUGAAGGACGAGGGGGGGCAGCCCCUGGGUGCCCUCAGCCUGCCCCUGCCCCAGCUCCUGGCCUCCGAGGGGCUGGUGCUGGAUGGUUGGUUCCCCCUGGCCGGGGGGGGGCCCAGCAGCCAGGUCCUGCUGCGGGCGCAGCUGGGGGUCCUGGUGUCGCUGCAGGCCGAGGCCAGCGCCGGGGGGGACACUGCCCCCCAACCCAUGGAGGAGCCGGGGGGGGCAGAGCAGAGCGGGGGGGGGGGGCUGCGCCAGCGCCUGCUCCCCACCGACAGCCCCCCCGAGCCCGAGGGUCCCCUGGGCCGGCUGCAGCUCACGCUGUGGUACCACGGGGACGAGCACAAGCUGGUGGCCAUUGUCCACGCCUGCAGGAAGCUGAGGCCGGUGUCGAAGGAGCUGCCCGACCCCUACGUGUCGCUGGUGCUGCUGCCCGACCGCAGCCGCGGCUCCAAGAGGAAGACAAGUGUCCAGAGGAGGACCCUGAACCCCGACUUCAAUGAGAGGUUCGAGUGGGACCUGUCCCUCGAGGAGGCCUCACGGCGCAAGCUGGAAGCUCACGUCAAAUCCACCCUCUCCUUCAUGUCCCGGGAGAAGGAGGCGCUGGGGAAGCUCCAUCUGGACCUGGCCCAAGUGGAUCUCGCCGAGGGAGGGACCCACUGGUAUGAUCUCCAGGACGAGCGGAGCAGCCCCUAAAGGGGGGGCCCCCCCAUAUCCCCGCCGUGCCUGGGGGGGGGCAGCAGGAACAAGGGUCCUGGACCCCCCCCCCCCCCCACCAUUGUGCUGCUGCCCCCCCCACCACCACCUGCCUGCCACUGACCAAAGAUGCACCCGAGGGGGGGGGGACACCGAGGAUGAACCCCCCCCCACCAUAGACUGUUACGUACCUCGUGCCUUCUGCCCACCCGGGGGGGGCCCCCCCCCCGGGACACGCUCUCAUUUGAUGCCACCAUCGUGCCAGCACUGCGUGACCCCCACACUGCAUCCCGUGUCCCCCCCCCCCACAUCGCGCUAAUAAAGGAUGGAGGUGAUGGUG